CAGAUGAGAAAGCAGCAAACAAGAAGCUGAAACAAUAGUUUCUUGUCUUGUUGGUUGCCUGCUAACAGCGGACUUUCUGUUAGCUUCCACAAAAUGAUAUCUGGAUUUUGCGUGAGGGUCCUACUGCUCUCACUGGUAGCUUUGGGACAGCAUGCAAAAGCACUUAGCUUUAGAAGUGAAUCCUCCGGUGGCAUUAAACCUUACCUGAAACUAGCGGAGGAUUUUCCACAAGGCUAUGAACCUGCUUCCAAUUAUGAGAGCUCUGCACAGCCAGGAGGCCCUGAAAGUGGCAUUGUUUCGAGUUAUGCAAUUGCGAUGCAGUCCGGACCCAAGCGGUCCCCCCGCCAGCAGCAGCCACAUGUGCUCCAAAGCAAAGCUGGUAUGUGGGAUGAUGUUAUUGCGCAACCUUCUGAUUCAAAGCCAGGCUAUGUGCCCCAGCAGCAGCCUCAGAAGCCCCUUGUCUACCCACCCAAACGCCAGCCCCAGCAGCCUGCCCAGCGGCCCCCGGUCUACCGGCCCCAGCAGCCUGCGCAACGGCCCCCGGUCUACCGGCCCCAGCAGCCUGCCCAGCGGCCUCCCCAGCAGCCUGCCCAGCGGCCCCCGGUCUACUGGCCCCAGCAGCCUUCCCAGCAGCCUGCCCAGCGGCCCCCAGUCUACCAGCCCCAGCGGCCUCCCCAGCAGCCUGCACAGCGGCCCCCGGUAUACCAGCCCCAGAAGCCUCCCCAGCAGCCUGCACAGCAGCCCCCGGUAUACCAGCCCCAGCGGCUUCCCCAGCAGCCUCCCCAGUGGCCCCCGGCUGUCCAGCCUCCCCAGCCGCCCCUGGCCUUCAAGCCCCAGCGGCUUCCCCAGAAGCCCCGGACCUUCCAGCCCCAGCAGCCUCCACAGCAGCCCUCUGUCUACCAGCCCCCAGUCUACCAACCCCAGCAGCCCAACAACCAGCAGCAGCAGCUGCCAGGUGUGCUACAAAGCAAAGCUUCUAUGUGGGACAACCUGUUCACCCAACAGCAGCCUCAGAAGUCCCAAGCCUUCCCAGUCAAGCAUCCCAGGCAGCAGCCACCCAAGCAACCACCAGUCUUCCAGCCCAAGCAGUCCCCCCAGCAGCCACCCAAGCAACCACCAGUCUUCCUGCCCAAGCAGUCCUCCAAGCAGCCACCCAAGCAACCACCAGUCUUCUUGCCCAAGCAGUCCCCCAAGCAGCCACCCAAGCAGCCACCAGUCUUCCAGCCCAAGCAGUCCCCCCAGCAGCCACCCAAGCAAACACCAGUCUUCCUGCCCAAGCAGUCCCCCCAGCAGCCACCCAAGCAACCACCAGUGUCUCUGCCCCAGCAGCCCUCCCAGCAUCUCCCAACCUACUUACUGAAACAACCACCCAAGCAGUCCCCAGUCUUCCCACCCAAGCAACCCCAAGUUAACCCACCCCAACAGCAAUCCAAGCAACCUCCAGUCUUCCCACCCAAGAUGCCCCCCCAGCAGCAGUCCAAGCAACCUCCAGUCUUUCCAACCAAGGUACUGCCCAAGCAACCCCCAGUUUACCCACCCAAGAUGCCUUCCCAGCAGCCAACCAAGCAACCCCCAGUUUUCCCGCCCAAGAUGCAACACCCAGUCUUCCCGCCCAAGAUUCCUCCCCAGCAACACCCAGUCUUCUCGCCCAAGCAGCCCCUCCAACAGCCACCCAGGCAAUCCCCAGUCUUCCCACCCAAGCAGCCCCAAGUCCACCAGCCCCAGCAGCAGCAGCCAGGUGUGCUCCAAACCAAAGCUGGCAUGUGGCCCUAUGCUCUUGACUUAAUUGCACAGUCUAGCAACUCAAACCCACAAACGAAUGUUAAUCCAAGAAGUUCUGGACCAGGCCUCUCAAGAAACCCAUACCGGUGGUAGCAGCAUCAAUCAUAAGCGUCCCAACUGUUCUAGAGUUUUUGUGGACAGUUCUGGCAUGGCAUUCAACUUUUGUGAGAUUUAAUAAAAUUCUUGAAAUUGCA